AUGUUUUGGAGCGGUAAUUUCAUCUUAGUAAGGGAGAUAAAUAAUCUCCUAAAAGAGGAGAAUGUAACACUGGCUCAAGUGUUGGAGGCGGAUAAUAUUCUUCAAGAAUGUAAGGCGGAUAAUAAAGCACUUAUACUUUUCUUAACAAAACCAGAAAUACUAGGAGAGCUUGUGACUCUCAUUACAGAGGAGCCCCCUAAAAAUGUGGAUAUGACAUCACAAUACCGCCAUGCCCACAUUGCUAGUGAGGUCCUCACCAGCCAGAUUAUGAUGUUAAGUGACAGGCUUUCUAUGGAUGUGGUGCAGAUGAAUCGGCUAUGUGACUUUGUUAAUAAGGACCCACCCUUAAACCCCUUACUGGCAUCAUAUUUUAGUAAAACAAUUGAAAUGCUACUUGAGAAGAGUCCUAAACAGGACUGGUACCUGUACCACAUUGUGGUCCACCGUGUUUUGGAUUUUUUCAAGUCAAGACGCGAUUUCCUGCCGAAUCUCUUGCGACAUAUUUCCACAUCAAGUAUUGCUGAUAUCUUUAAAUACUUUAUAAGGCUUGAUGAUCCUUUCAACAAAAUAGUUUUCGAGUGGUUAGAAGAACACCAGUUUCUAGAGAGUCUCAUACAAAUAAUCUGUGGUACUUAUGAGUAUGAAGAAAUACGGCCUGCAAAUAUUACAGACGGAGCGGAGAGGUCGCCUGAACAAACUGAGAAAGGCCAGCAUGAGACUAGUGAGAAAGUUGAAUUGAAUCAUAAACAGGAGAACAAAAAUGAGUCAAUGGAGAAUGUGGCAGACUUGAAUUCUACAGAAGAAGAAAAGUUAAGCCGGGAAAAAAGGCGUAUCGCGGAAGCGGGCCGUGCAUCUGCGAACGCAGCAGCUCUACUGUGUGAUUUAUUGCUGGGGGCCUGUGAUCCCCCCGGGUACUCUGUACUGGUCAAAGACGAAAGUGAGCAUGUGGUGGCACGGCGCAGGGCGGCGACUGCGUGGCGGCUGGUGGCACGUCUGCGCGGCGCGGCGUGCGUGCGCUUGCUGCUGCAGGGCAUGUUCACGUCGCCGCCGGCCGCGCGUCGCCACGCCGUGGUCAACGGCUGCCAGCUGCUGUUGGCGCUGCUGCCGCACGACUCCGCGCCCGCGCCCGAUCCUGGAAAUGACGGUGGAGGCGAAAGUUCAGAGGAGAGUGCGAGCGUGCAACGAGCCGUGGCACCGCACCUGCCACUGCUACACCAGGCGCUGCUGCGCCCGCCCACGCCUCCGCCAUCAGAGGCACCGGUGGCACCCGAGGCACCACCGGUGUCCGAGAUACUGGCGACUACUGCGGCACCGGUGACACCCGUGGCAACGGAGACACCCGUGGCAACGGAGACACCCGUAGCAUCAGUGACACCCAUAGCACCGGAGGCAUCUGCGGCACCACCGCCGGUAACGUCUCUCUCUGCUGACGUCAAUAUGACAAGCAAUGAAGAAGAGUCAAAAGACACAGAGAACAAAGAGAGAAGUGAAGGUAUGGAGCAGAAAUCGAAGGAGGACAGUGAUAGCGAACAUCAAAACAAACCAGACGCAGUAGAAAACAGCAUCGAGCACAGAGACAGAUACAGAGACGCACGAGAGUGCGCAGAGAGGGCUCCGCCAGCGCCGUGCGCUACUCGCAGCGUGGGCUGCGCGCGCGUGCACGUGGCCGCGCUGCUCGCGCAGCUCGCCUUCUCCGAGCUCGAGGACGUGCAUAACGCGUUGCUCACCUUGGGAACACCGGGCGUGCUGAUAGAUAUGUUCUUCGACUACCCACACAACAACUUCCUUCACACGCAAGUCUAUAUCCUCAUACACAAUGCGCUCUCCAACAGAAUUUACGGUGAAAAAUACGCCAAGCAUUUAAUAGAUGAAUGCAAUCUUUUAACAAGGUUAAUGGAUACUUUUGAAGCAAAUGAGAAUUCAAAGAUUGGUGCGGGGUCCAUACGUCGUGGUAAUAUGGGGCACGUAGUACUGGCGCUCCGGCGGCUAGAGGGCUGUGCACCCGCAGAUCCCGCCACAGCGCAGCGCUGGCUCGCCUUCCGCGAGCAAGCGCUGCGCCCGCUGCUGCUGCGCCACGACACACCGCUCGGCGGGUUUUAUCCUUCAGAUAACAUUUACGUGUACUCCGAGGCGUCCGGUGUCAACGAAUCAUUCACUCCGAUGCAGCUCUCCUGCGAUGAAAAUUCACCAAACAGUAAAAAUACUUUCCUGGAGCUAGCGGAUCAGCGGUUCAAUGACGGCACUUGGGAUGACAACGGACAAGCGGAAGCGGAUAACGACGCAGAGGGAGAGGCUGAAGAAGGGAUAGAUCCCGCAGUCGUCGACGAAAUGUUCCAGCAAGUUACCGAUGUCCUCAUGGACAAGGGACACGUGACGUGGGACGCGGCAGAAGACAACGCGACGGACGGCACCGAGUGGGCAAAUUUCGAGGACGCUUUUGCGAACCCCGUUGACCCCUUCGCCCCCGCCACUGAGCAGCACUCCUUCCAGCGACAGGACUUCUCGCCCUUCUGGGCCUACGGCGACCGCGUCGACGCUGAACAUUCUAAUUGCCAAAGCGGCCUGGAACAAUCCAUGCAAGGCAUGAACUUGGGUAACGAGUUCGAAACGAAGCCAAUCGAUGAAGCUGCGACGGCGGAGCUCACGAACAACUUGCUGACCGCCAUGAGUUCGAUGGCGCCUGACGUCAUCGCGGACAUCGUCAGCGCCAUGCCGCGAGCUGACGAGCCACUCGUCGAACCGCGCGCCGUGCAAUCCACCGAACAAUCUACUGAACAAUCCUCCGAACCAGCGAACUCCGAAUCGGCAGCCGACAGGUGA